ACGACUGGCUCUAUCUUGAGUUAGUUAUCUUUGCAUCUUUGCUCCAAGUAUGCAUUUACCCGUGACUUGAAUAUGGAGCAAGAAAGACGAACCCGGAAUCAUAACGCCUGAGCGGAGUUGCCACAUCCGGUUUUCAGCGUAAAAGGAAGCUAGGUCACCCGGCACCAUAACAUGUUUACGUUUCUGUAACUAAGACUAGCUAAGUGUCUCGAUUCGCACCGUCGGACUCAGAGCAUUCAGUUUACAUUUCCGAAAUAAGCUAACCAGUUACCCACCUGGAAGAUGAAGUACUUUACUGUAGCACCAACUUUUUUUCAAGUUCCAAACUGUCUUAUGGAAGGCUAAGGGGGACCUGCAAAAUCAAGGUAGCUACAGUAAUAGCUAACUAACGUUAGCAAGCUUAGCUAGGCUAUUUGAUGUGAGCCACUAGUCUAUGACAAACAAUAGGCUACUCCAUGUACUGAUAAUUCAUGUUCUGCAAUCAAUGUGCCCUUGCAAGUGGCAUAUUUGCCUUCAAUAUAGACCUCAGUACAUAGCUGGUUAGUUAGAUGAUUUGGCUACUUGGUGGUACUCACUAUUCGCAUAUGUUGUGUGCCAAGUCUCAUUGGAUCUAACGUUACUGCAGUGAGAUGCAAGUUAGGCUUCUCAGUUAGCCUGAGGCUAGUUUGAUAAGCUGUAUGGGGGUAAUUCAGGACACAAAGCACCCAUUAGGUGUUGUGGUGUAAUAAACAGUCGUGUUUACAAGCAGACAUAGGGAAGUAGAGUGGGUGGACUCCCUUGGUCAGUUGGUGUAGGCCUAACGUUACACUUGGAAUCAACUGUAGUUACACCACUAUCUAAUAUUACAGAACCUCAGACUCUCACCAUUUUCACUGUUAUAAAAAGGACUUUAUAAAAUCAAUUGGAUUGAUAUGCUUCAGGAGAUAGGCCUGGUCAGCUACUUGGAAAUGACUAGGUCUAGCCUAACUUAAUUUAAAUUGACCCUGGGUGUCACCCAGAUAGCUAGUUUAGUUGGUGUGAGAUGGAUGUAGAUAUAAAGCCGGAGGAGGAUGAGGUGGAGAUAUCCCCAGCUGUCAUUUUGUCUGACUCUUUUGAUGCAAGUUAUUCAUAUGCUGAAAAUUUGUAUGACACAACAAAACAAAGCCUUAUUUGUGCUCUGUUAGAAGAUAGAAAAUCAAGUGAUACGGAGAUUAAAAUUAAUUCAACAACAGUUGGUGUUCCAGCUGUAAAUGUGGGUGGUAAAGGUGUUGUUCAUGUUCACACAGAACAGGAUAGCCCACGCACCUCUGUAGGGAAUUUAAUCAAAGAGGAGCCAUGUUUUUACAUAUCUCCCAAUGAUUUUCAGAUUGGAAAAGUAUGUACCUUUUCUCAGUCGCAGCAUCUAGUUGCAGAAAGUGUUUCUUUGGGAGGACAAAUCAACCCAACUGCACAGAUAUUUAGCAGCUUUCAAAUACAGCCCCUAAACAAUGAUCAAGUGCUGACUGAUUAUGUUAAUCUUCCAAGCCAAAGUAUUGCCAAACCGUUUCCGAUAAUUUCACCUGCAAUAGCAAGUGACAGUAAUUUAACUCCAGUGCUGCAAUCAUGUCAUAUGAGGACUCACAGGCCUAUUCUUCCAGCCUAUUGUAAACCAUUUAAUUUUACCUCUGCUCAAGAGGAAGACUACGACGUUAAAAUAAAAAAAAGAGGGAAGAAAAUGGUCAAGGCACAAAAAGGGAGAAAAGAUGGAGAUAUGUGGCGACAUCGUGUUAAUUACUCAAAACAUAUUUCACCAAGGUCGUCAGCUGGGAAAAAGUUGAAGGAUCCAUACUCCAACUGCAAGAAAAUUGGCUUGGAUUUCAAUGUUGGGUCUGGAUCCAAUCAGAAACUAGAUUUGCAGUUGCUGACUAAAGGUGUGAUGGUUGAGGUUUCUGAUUUUGCUAAAGAAGUUAAUAGAGCUCAGCAGCAUGUUGUCUGUGACAUUCUAGAGUACAACUUUGAUCUUGGUUUGCAAAAGCAUCAAAGGUAUGAUUUUGCGACACGUACUAUGCACAAAUUAAGAGAAUUGAUGAGAAAACGAAAAACUGUCCUAGGAAAACCUGAAUUGGUAAUGGAGGUGUUUACCCUUCCUGAUCCCAACACGAUAAAAGGAUCGAAAUAUGCCCUUUCAACUGCAAAGAAUUAUGACCGUGUGUCAGAAAAUCUUGAAACUGCUGGCACAUUUUUAAUGGACAAAUCUCAUCUGGACAUCGUAUCCAGACUUACUCACCAUGUCAAGACAGACAACCUGUUAACUGAGAAAGAUGUAACGCAGUGUGCUGGUGGAACGGCGUACAGCCUUGCAAGGGACCAAAACUGGCAUCUAAUGGCUUCUACAACGUCAAAAACAAUGAAGGACCCUUAUCCCCUCUGUAAGAAAAUAGGAUUAGAACUUGAUGUGAAAUCCAAUUUUGGGGCAAAAGAGAAACUUAAUUUGGAUUUAUUGACCAAAGGUAUAAUGAUUGAACUUGGUAAUUUUGCCAAAGAUGUUUGUGGAACUUACAAGCAAAUUGUCAUUGAUGUCCUAGAGCACAAUUUUGAUCUUGAUUUGCCUAUUGAGAAAACCAAGCUGUCUACCUAUAUUAUUACAAAGUUGAGACGAGUUGUUAAGAAAAUGACAUGCAUGGCACAUAGAAGGAAACCUCCAUAUUUAAAGGAAACAUUCUCACUGGGGGUUGGCACAAGAAAGAAACCUGCAGUGAUUUCCAGUAAAAUGCAGGUCAUUAACUCAAUUGACUCAAAUGUGUGGAAAUAUCAAGGACUGAAAAAAGUUACAGAAAGAAGACGAUUAGAUUUGAGAAGGAAAAAGGGAGAAAGAGCCACUUGCAAAGUAAGAGAAAUGAAGGCAGAGAAAUUUCAUAGAGGUAGACAAGUAGGCCUAGUUCCUCAGUCUGUGAAGAAACAGACCAUUUCCAACGAGACUGAACUCACAUUGUCAGCCGGAAAAAUGAAGGUCCCGGUCAGCAAAAUUAAAAAGGCAAAUGUGAUGCCCUUUGCAGAGAAAGUGGUGAAAAACUGCUACCCCUUGUGCAAAGAAGUAGGUGUGGAACUUGAUGUGAAAUCCAAACCACUAUCCAAAACAAAACUUGACUCACAGUUACUGACUAAUGGCGUAAUGUAUGAGGUUCAUAAGUUUGCAAAAAAUACAAAAAAGGCUUAUAUGUAUACUGUCUAUGAUAUACUGGAAUAUAAUUUUGAUCUAGAUUUGCAAAAUCAGAAACGCUGUCAAUUUGCCGUACAUAUUUCAUCUAAACUGAAACGAAUGGCUAAACGGAAAUAUGUCACAAAUGAAGACUUUUCAAAAGAAGUGUUUAUAAUACCUCUUGUGACUAGACAAUACAAGAAAAAAGAAGCUACUCCACCUGCAAGAUUGUCAAAAAGACAAUUGGAUUUGAAAAGGAUACAAGAGGCAAAUCAUACAGAGGAGAAGAGGAACUGUCAGGAGAUGGUUAGCAAGACCGGUUUGAAAAAUCUGGUCCCUGAUGCAAGGACUGUAGGGUCUCUGCAUGAUGAAGAGAUCAUCUCUAUCGAAACAGCUGAAACUGUCAAGCUUGGCCAAGAUAAUGGACCCACUGACUUCUGCUUAAAGGAGUCUGAUGUUCACUCUGGGGUCACAGAGCAAACCCCAUGCCCAGAGAACUACCAAGUUGACAUUUGCUGGAAAAUGAUCAAUGAAAUUGUUACGAGUAGUGAAAUGCAACAGAUGAGAUGGAUUUUUGUACCUUUUUCAAACUGUUUUGGUGUUGGGACUGGUUCGGAAAAGAAAUUUCAACAAAUCCUUGCUGAAUACAGAUCAGACAUCCUACCACUGGUAGUUGAGAAACAUUGUGGCUUUAGUUCCACUGAAAAGACAAUGAUGUGCCUUGUAAGUCAGCUCUUCUGUGGCUUACAUUUGAUUGAUGGCUUAGCUCACCAGGCAAAAACAACUCUUCUACUUUGGGAAAAUAUGAUUUUAGGAGAUAAAGAAGUAGGAGUCCAUAGCUCCCCUAACAUUGAGACAACAGAGUUGGAGUCUGGAACAGUGCGUUUGGUGAGUUCUGUGAGUGAUGCUGUGCAAGAGCUUGGAUGGGCAGAGGACGGUCAGCUUGUUCCGUUCGAAAGCUUUUUGACCAGCAAAAAAGAAUUUGAUGAAGUUCCUUUGUCUCUAUCCAUUGGACACAGAAUUGAUGGUCUGUUUCAUAAUUCUGCUGGAGUGUGUAGCAUCCAUGAUGAUUUGGUUGAGUUUACCAGUACGUACGGAGCUGAGAGUAGUUUGCUUGCUGCAGUUGUUGCUGAUUUGGAGGUUCAACAGUUCAAGGCCGGAUGCAGAGCUCUGGGUCUGGUUUCCAAGCUUAUCAUUGAUCCUCUCUGGAGAGCCUUAACUUUGAAGGGAAACGUGUUGGAGAUGGAAGAAAGAUACCAAACCCUUGUUACCAAACUCAAGGAAUGGCAGGAAGAUGGGAGAGACCUUGUUAAAGGAAAUGCAUGCUUGUUUGAUGACAUUGAGGUACCCAAGAACCUUGUGUUUGACAGGCUUACCAUGUGGACUGACACAGACUUUUUUGAGUUGACUGUUCAGAUUGUUGAGUUGAUCCUAGCCAGUUUUCUGAAGGUAUGUUCUAUGAUGCUUCCAGUCGAACCAGAGCUCCUGUCAAAGAAAAAUGAUCGAUUCAGGAAGGAUUUGGCAAUAUUAGAUCAAUUGCAAAAAGCUAAGUCAAAUGCAGUCAGUAUUGCCAUUGAAGGCAUGGACAUGUGCAAGAAGAAUCACACUUGGGAAUGGCUGUCCUUUUUGGAUGAAUCAAAAAUGGUGUCAAUGAGGAAAACAUUCCAGACAGUGUAGGCAAAGGAAGAAGAAAAGCUCUGCCACACCUGCAGAAGAAUGGAAAUGGUAAAGGAAUAGACAUGAAAGACAGAGUGAAUGAGUCUUUUAUUUGUUUAUUUAUUUAGAAAUGAACCACAGUAGGACUAUAGAGGACAGAACCUUUUUAUAACAGGUUUAACUUUGCCCCUGUAUCCUGGUGAUGACAUUGCCUAUACAGCUCUUUCAAAAAAAAUCCAUGAACGUGCUUUUCUUUCUAGCGCCUUAGCUUUUGUGUUCAGACUGGUGAAAGAUAAACAGCAAUGCAACCUCAGACAAUAAGUAGAUGCAAGUAUAAUAUAGUUACACUAUAUACCUAUUUUGUGAUAUAUUGUAUAGCCUAAUGAUGUUCAAACGCGGUGUCAGUAAAUGUUGAAUAACGCUUCUCCAUUUGGCACCACCUGUAGUUGGGAAUGUGAAUGGUUUCACGAGCUUACCUGUUUUUAUAUUGUUUAAAAUCCAAUUCAGAGUUUUUUUCCGAAGUGUGCUGUCAGGAAAAGUGUAGAGGCUUAGGCUCAAUAGUUGAAUUUGCAUAUUUCCUUGGCCUUCUUUUGAUACCUGGUCUUGUCUUUGAAAAGACUAAUUGAAUGAAAAAAAUUAUAAUUUUGAAAGGAGACCAGUCGUUAUUUUAGUGUUAUUAGCUUAUUUCUGGACCAUUUUCCCCCUCACUUUUUGUAUGACCAUUGAAUUGCCUACUUGAAUGGUCAACUUAAAUAGAAACGAGAUGGAGAGCAAGGCUCUGAAAGUUGUCAACUUUUCCACUGUCAAAAUGAAUCAUGCUUUAUUUUUUUAAAUACCUUUUUUUAAAUCAUAUUUUGGUAAUCCAUUUUUGAGAGCCUGUUUUAUCUCUAUAUUUUUGUUGGAGAUCAAGAUGUUUUCAUUAGGACAAAUGCACACUGGACUGCAGUGCUUUUCUAUCUGCUGCAGCAUUCAACCUUCCACAUUACUGUAGACUUCAGGAAGAACAUGCUUUUAGAUAUAAACAUCAAAUAAUUAGCAAAAGGCUGAGUUCCAGGUUUGUGAUGUCCACCAUGAGAGAUUCUCAUUAAAGUUGAACCAGUGACUAGUCUCAGAUGGGGAGCUGGACCUCUUGAAGACCAAGCUAGACUGGCAGGCCUGUGGAUCUCUUGUUCUGGGCUACUCAGAGGUGCUGCCAGAACUGGACCUUGGCACUAUCAAUUCACAGACUACCACCUACAGCCCGUCCAUACAAACCUGCACAUAGGACAAGUGCUGGGGUGAGUAUGUUUUAGUUUGUGUGUGUGUGUGUGUGUCCUUCGAUUCAUUUUGUGCAUGUAAGUAUUGUCUGAUCAGUUAUUGACCACUCAUUCUCUUCCUCUCUGUAGCCUCAGUCACAAAGUCAUCACUGAUGCUCUGACUGAAACUAGCCUACACCAACUGGUCUUUGCCAACUGUUCCACUAACCUACCGUAUGAUGUGCAUUGGAGUGCUUGCCUGUGAUUGAGAAAGCGUGUGAUCCUCUUCAACAACAGACUUGUGAACAGAACAUCCUUCCUGACACACAAGACAAGAGUUCUGAGGUCUUGUAAAGAGGGAUGAGAGGACUGCCAAUAGAUUAAACUGAUUCAUUACUUUGAUCAGUCCUACUUUCAACACUUCGUACUAAAAAUGUACUCUGAUUGCCCACUUAAGCUUGCAAUGGAUUUCAGUGGAGUUAAACAUGACACAUGCAGUGUCACUGUUUCGUGUGGAAGGGGCUACGAGAAGGGGUCGAUUUGGAAUUCAGCACUGUCCAUGGGUUGACCGUCCUGAACUUUUUUUUCCUUAAAUGUUUUGUUUUUGACAGUACAGCUGGAAAUGUAAAGAUUGAAACAUAGUAGGGGCAUAGACAGAGGGUGGCCGAGGUGGAGCCCAAUCCCUGUUGCCAGGGGGCCCAAUCCCUGUUGCCAGGGGGCAUAUCUGGUACAGAGUCGGGGAGCUUAGACCACUACACUAGACUCCGUCACGACUGACCUGAACUUUUUACCAGAAAAUAAAUACUAUGUUCAUCAGACUCUCCUCACUGUAAAACUCAGAAUGGUUGUGAGGUCACAGGGAAAAGACUGAUCUGAGGGACCACAGACUCACAAAACAUUGUAGCUCACUUGACUGGAAAACAGCUCUUUGUGGUGCCUAUGUCUGACAUGAAGUAAAAAUGAAAACACAACAGAAAAUUGCUCUCUACUUCCUACCACAAUCUUAUAUAUUGCAUACUUAGAAUAUGAAUGUGAUUAUUCAUACACUCAUAUUAGGCUUAUUUCUCUUUGGUUGGGGUGUUCAAUGGUUAAGUGGACUAGCUACCACUAUGGCAUUUUGAUGUUAUGGCGUCAGCUCUGGCUGGCUGAGAAGACAAGUAAAAGGGCUAAUAGUUGGCAGGGCAAUUUUUGUUUUUCCCAACUUUGUAUUACCGUAUCAAAUAAUUUAAUUAAGGUAGAAAAAUCACUUUAUAUCGGUGUUAUGCCUGUUGUUCAAGCGUGUAACUGCCCUCUCAUUCGCUAGAAUGGUCCCACCUGAUCUCACCUCCUCCCGACUUCCUUCCAUCUUUGAAUACAUGUAUUUUCAUUGUUAGAGUGGCCACUUGAGUAUCUUAUCUAUAUAAUUGUCAUGACUGCCACUCCUUGGUGAGGAUCAAAGGUGCCGGAUCAGCUAGGCCAAUGGCUGACAGAUAGCCAAACUCUCUCUCUCUCCUGGGGGAGUUGGCCCGGUUUUAUGAUUUAACGACCGGAUUGUAAAUACCUGGCAGAAACUCUCCCUUUGGCUCUGCAGUAUUGAAAGACUGAGUGUUACAGAGAGACUCUUGCUAAAAACUUUAACAUCAAAAGAUUGGACAUUGGAACAUUAGUUUUGAAAUCCAAACGCUUGGAAUGGUUGGUGGGUUUAUUAUUUUGUGAUAUCAUUAAGGAUGGUAUAACUAAGUAACAUUGUAACUUUAAGAGCUUUCACAAUGUAUAGAUCAGAUUUGCAUGUUGCAUGUUACUGUUGUGAAGAUAAAAUGUGAUUUUAGCCUUCUAAAUGAGAAUUGUUUUUCAUAUAAACUUUUGCUAAGUCAGUAACCACGCCCACGUGAGCACAGACUUCGUGUCAGCAUGAUGGAACACCCCUUUUUACCUAAGCAUAAAAGGACUCGUAACGAAAUUUACAUUAGACCAAAACAGGCCGGGUUGCUGCCGGUUUGUAAAGUGGUCCUAGCUGUACCCUGAAUAAUCAACCAUUGAGACCAGUCUACGUGCAGCGUGAGCUGAAUACGUUACCAAUGGUUAAAUCUCUACAGUUGGGUAAUUUAAAGUAGUCUAUGUAGAACAAUUGACCCAGACGGGAAAGAAGAACAAUUCCCUAUCACCACUGUGUGAUACACCUCUGAUGGAUCCAUUCUAACGAACACUCCAGAACAAAAGAAGCCUACAACUACUAAGGAAAUUGUGACCUCUGGUGGACCACCAGAGACUUACAUCGAACCACCACAUUGAACUAUCGAGUUCAACAGAGAGACGACAGAGAAAGACAUCUACGCGUAAAUAUGUAUUGCAUUCCUUUUCUGAAUGAGCGGGUGUUAGGGUUCCUAAUAUCCAUAUUUACAGUGAGUGUAUUUUUCAACUGUAUGUACGAUAAGUCCACUCUCUUUGUCUCUCCCGCUCCUUAUCUUUCCCCACCCCCUUUCCAUUGUGUAACAAGCUGUCAUAUCGGGUUAGUCCACUAGGGACUGUUUCAUUGCAUUAUGUUAGUAAUAAAUAAUCUACACUGUGUGUGUGUAUUUCU